AUGAGUCCACCACUUUACAAUUUACCUUGGCUUCCUGGAUUCGAUGAGUGUAAUACAGAUUACGAACGUAUUAAAAUGUUUAUGUCAAUGCCAUUUCUCAAAGACUAUAAGAUCACAAUGUCCGACCAACAUUCAGCUAAGAAAAAUGACUCUACAGCAAAAAGAAAGCGUGAACAAGGAAAUGAAGCAUGGCGUGCUAAUAAAAUUUCUUUAGCUCUUCGUUGUUACACUGAAUCAAUUUUCUUUGCGGACAGUUGCGAAGAAAAAGCUCUUGGGUAUGGUAAUCGAUCGUGUGUACUUAGUCGUAUCGGUGUACACGAGGCAGUAUUACAGGAUAUUGAUCUGGCUAUUAAGCAUAAUUUCCCCAUUGAUCGUCGUCCACGUCUGCUAAUACGUCGUGCACAAAGUCUUUAUGAACUUGGACGUGAUAAAGACGCCUUAAAAGAAUAUGAUGAUUGUCUGGAAUUGAUUAAAUCUGAGAAUAUAUCACUUCCUAGUGGUUUAGCCAAAGUGAUACAACAAGGCAGGAAGAAUUGUUUACAUAGAAAACAAAAAGACGUGAUAGAAGACUCAGCAAAUCAAGCUUCAACUAUACCAUUUUUUGUACAUGAAGUCAAUGUAUUAACACCAAAAAAUGAAGUGAAUCAUCAAAGUAAACUUGUAAAGAUUGAUAAUAAUAUUCCGGUUAAUGAUGACAAGAAUAGUGAAAAUAGUCGAAUGCAUUCAAGGCUUAUGCAUCCUCUUCAUGCUCAAAAUCCACCAGCAGUUAAAUUGAAUUGGAAUGAUGAAUACGGUUGGCAUAUUGUAGCUGCAAGAACUAUUAAACCCGGUGAAUUGCUCAUCAGCGAUAUACCAUAUUCUUGUCGACUUCAAUACGAUAGACUGUUGCUCAACUGUUAUCGUUGUUCUAAACGAUGUAUUAAUCUUAUAUCGUGCCGUAAAUGUACUCAGGUCGGAUUUUGUAGUGAAACAUGUGAACAAGCGGCCUGGGAUCCACUAUGGUCCAGUGACAGUAAAUUACCACCGACAAUAACUAAUCCUUGCCUACCGUCACAUUAUUUCGAAUGUGGACUUGUUGACCGCUUACUAUUAGAUGACUAUGCUGGCUGGAAACGCUUACGUAAAACAUUGUCGUCAAAAUUGACAACAUUUAAGGAAAAAUGCAAAGUAUUCAUAGAUAAACUGCCAGACGAUGAUAUAAUCGGUGGGCCGAAUAUCUCAUGGCUUUCUUUUGCUCUCUUAGCCCGAACUUCUCCAACAACCUUGUUAGAGUUAAUUAAAACCUCCUUAGACAAACUCAGUUGUCAAGUUGAUUCAAGCCAAGUCCAUAAAGAAUUGUUAUCAUUUACUGGUCAUCGUGUUGUUCCACAGAAAGGUUGGGAUGAUUAUAUGUCUAUUGCCUGGCUAAUUACAAACUCGGAUAAACGCAAAUCUAGUGAUCUAUGGCAACGUUGUGUAGCUGCUGUUUACCUAACGUUUUGUCUUGAAGCUGGUGGUUAUCCGCUUCAACGGGAAGAUAAUAUUCCUGAAAAUCAUCAUUCCAUUAGUAGCCUACUUCCAUUCACAUGGGCAGCUACAUGUAUCUUACAUCAUCUUCAGUGUGUAUCGUCCAAUGGUCAUUCAUUAUCCCAACCAGAGUAUAUCGUCUCAGAAGAAAUUAGUAGUCAACAAUUCACUGAGCCGCCUGGAAUUGACUUAAAUCUUUUGUCAUCAAUUGAAUUAUCAACUGGUCUAUAUCCGGUGCUUUCCUUGAUUAAUCAUUCAUGUGAUCCUAAUGUGAGUAAUGUCACUCAAAGUGAAUUCCAGUGUUCAGUAUAUUCUCUUCGACCUAUUCAGUGUAAUGAAGUAAUCUAUGGAAAUUAUGGUUUGCAUUAUGCAAUACAUUCAUUAGCUGAACGUCAAAAUUCCUUGCAAUCACAAUAUCAUUUUCAAUGUACUUGUACUGCAUGCUUAAAUGAUUGGUCAGGUAUGAAUGGCAAUAUUAUGCGUAUGAUGGAUGCUCCAUUGAAAUGUUUCACUUGUUCCGGAGCAAUUGUUUCUAAUGCAUUAAAGACAUCUGUGAGUAGUAAUAAUAAUAAAGUUGACCUAACGAAAGUUGGACAACUUUGUUGUUGCAGCCAACAAAUUCAAAUGAAAUCAAUAAGUAGGUUCCAAAAAUUGUUUUUCAAUGAUUUAUUAAGUAAAUUUGAUACCAUACCCUUAUCAUUUCAAAAAACUUCACCAAAUGAAAUCACUGAUAAAUUUUUAAACAAAUUUAUUGCCUAUACAACACGUAUGUUGGCUACAGACUGUUUAUAUGGGAUACUUCCACGACCAUGUAUUCAUUUAGACUGGUUACAAGAAUUAUUAAAACAAUUAUUUGAUCUUCAGCAUACUUCAUGGUCGUAUGAAAGUGAAAUAAUUCGAUCAGCCUUUUAA